AUGCACAGAGCCUUCUGGGAUGUACAACGCUCCCACCUCAACGCUGAUCCACCAAACUACGAGCCUGCCCUUGGUCUACUGAAGGAGAUUAGACAGUCCCUGGAAAGCUUGACCUUGCCGCAUCAGACAACCCUUCGAGCGCAGAUAGCGGAGCGUUUGGACAUUGAGACAGCAGAGGCAGAGUGGCGACGCACUGGACACUUGCGAUUGGAGGCUUUUGCAGAACCUCUUGUUGAAAUGCUCGCUCAGUGGUGUGCACCUGUUCGUGAUCCUGAUGUUGCCCGUCUACGUGACAUCUCCGAUCCGAUUGAGUUCUUUCGGUUGGUCUCUUGUCAAUGCUUACAAGCCUUCGCGGUGUUGGAAUUGAUGCAUAUGGAUUUGGCUAACUUCACUAUCCGAAAGAUGCGUCCCUACAUUCGUCAGCAGGCCGGAGAAUAUGAACGGGAGAAAUUUGACACCCUCCUCAAGGUUCAAGAAAAAGCUGGAAUUGACGGCUUGGCGAUCACACGGGAGUGGAUUCGUGAGGCUUUUGAUAAUUUGCAGAAUCAAAUGGCAUCAGGUGCACCCUUGGCUCCUCCCACGCCGAAUAACAUUCUUCGUGAGGCCUAUCUGGCCUUGCUGGUAUGGGAACCGAAUCGUGAAUUCCCUGAGGUAAGUCAACCUCCCUUACACUUGACUGUGGGGUGGAGCACAUCCCUCCCUUACUGA